AUGAAGCCUCAGGUCGGAAUCAACGGUUUUGGUCGUAUUGGUCGUCUUGUACUGCGUGCAGCUGUUGCGUCCGAUUCGGUGGAUGUUGUCGCAAUCAAUGAUCCCUUCAUUGAUUUGGAAUAUAUGGUUUACAUGUUUAAGUAUGAUUCCACCCAUGGUCGGUACAAGGGUGUCGUCAAGGUUGAAGGUGGCAAGUUGGUUAUUGACAACCACAAGAUUACCGUCUUCCAAGAGAUGAAUGCCAGUGCCAUCCCAUGGUCUCAAGCUGGUGCUCAGUACAUUGUUGAAUCCACUGGCAUCAAUACCACUAUCGAGAAGGCCUCGGCUCACUUCCAGGGUGGCGCAAAGAAGGUCAUCAUUUCGGCUCCCUCUGCCGAUGCUCCCAUGUUCGUAGUUGGUGUGAACCAUGAGAAGUACGAUCCCUCCAUGAAGGUUGUGUCUAACGCUUCUUGCACCACCAACUGUCUGGCUCCACUUGCCAAGGUCAUAAACGAUAAUUUCGGUAUCGUUGAAGGUCUUAUGACUACUGUGCACUCCUACACUGCCACACAGAAGGUUGUUGAUGGUCCUUCCAAGAAGGCAUGGCGAGAUGGACGCACUGCCGCUCAGAACAUCAUCCCUGCCUCUACUGGCGCUGCCAAGGCUGUUGGUAAGGUUAUUCCUGAGCUGAACGGCAAGCUUACCGGCAUGGCUUUCCGUGUGCCCACUCCCAAUGUCUCUGUUGUCGAUCUAACCUGCAAGUUGGGUAAGCCAGCCACCUAUGAUCAGAUCAAGGCUGUCGUCAAGGCCGCCUCUGAGUCACCUGCACUGAAAGGCAUUCUUGAAUACACUGAGGACCAGGUUGUCAGUACCGACUUCUGCUCUACCACUUGCUCAUCGACUUUUGACGCUCGUGCCGGCAUUGCUCUCAAUGAUACUUUUGUUAAGCUAAUUGCUUGGUACGACAAUGAGUGUGGUUACAGCUACCGUGUUGUUGAUUUGAUCAACUACAUGUUCAAGAAGGAUCACUAA